UGACAAAACAGAUAUUUAAAAAUAUAUUUUGAAAAACUGAUUUCAAGAUUUAUGACCAAACGGAGAUAGAUUUUUAACCCUCACAAAAAUAGAAAAAGGAAAAAAAGAAAAAGAAAAGCUUGAAACUAGAACUAUGCAAAGUGCAAAGCAAAAUUAAAAGUGGAAAGAGCCUCAAAUUUAAGAACAAUAUGGAAGAACUGCAGACGAUUCUAACGGAAGUGUUUGGCGAGUCAUCAGACAGCGAAGGGGAAGAACAAAAACAAUUUCUCCACGCUCAUUGUGCAGAGAAUCGGGUCACUGUAAAAGCCCAAUCCGGGUCAGUGUUUGGAGAAAGUCAUAGUUGGCAAAGUAUCACUGAAAUUAAUGGUCUUUGGCUUUGCAAAGAAUUUUUAUCUAGUGAUCAACAAUCAAUGUUGUUAUCAUCAAUCCAUCAAGAAGGAUGGUUUGCUGAGUCUUCAAGCAAUCAGGCUAUGAGGUUUGGGGACCUACCAGGGUGGGCGGUUGAGCUAUCGAGCUCUAUCCAUGAGGUGAUUCUUUCUGAUAAUUAUGUUGCAGAGUCGGAAAACUGUGAAAAGGGCAAGGAAGCUUGUAUUUUUCCACAAGAUCUGUUAUGGAGGGAACCCCUAUUUGAUCAGCUUAUAGUUAACAUGUAUCAACCAGGUGAGGGAAUCUGUCCGCACGUUGAUCUAAUGCGCUUUGAGGAUGGAAUCGCUAUCGUUUCUCUAGAGUCAUCCUGCGUGAUGCAUUUUUCUCGAGUCAAGAGCGAGACAUGCAAAGCCCAAGAUCCACAACAAAAAAUUCCUGUGCUUUUGACACCGGGAUGUCUUAUUUUGAUGUGGGGAGAAGCACGCUAUCUUUGGAAACAUGAGAUAAAUCGAAAGCCUGGGUUUCAAAUAUGGGAAGGCCAAGAGAUUGACCAGAACAGAAGGAUAUCGGUGACACUGAGGAAACUCGGUCUCACUGACUAAAAAUUAAGUUAGUGCUACGAUGGUAUUGCUCAUCGGCAUUUUCUCGCUAGGGGGAUGACUAAAGUAACCUGUCUUGAUUAUUGUUCUAACCAUUACAAAGUUCUUGGUGCUUAGACAGGAGCUUGUUGCAUUGAAGAAUUGAAGGCUUAUGAUACGAGUAUGGACAUGUAUCAGCACAUUUUUGCAGAUUUUACUUGAGAACACACCGUCCAUUUUUUGAAGAAAUUUCAUUUUCUCUAGUUUAUGAGUGUGUAACAACCAUUUACUAGAGGUAAAACAGAGGUUGUGCUGGCAGUCAUUUUGAUUAAGCGGCUUUUCCAACUCCAAACUAUUAAAGCAGGUGGCUCUGUUGUUCAAAGGGUUCAUGCAUUCUUCUAUUUUCAAGAGAAACCCGGAAGAUGAUAUUGUAUGUGUUCUACAAGUUUGUAGUUCUUGGUGUGCCAGGUAAGGACCAUGCUUAAAACAUUUGUCUCCUAGUAAAAUUAGAGUAUCUGUUUUAAUUUCCAAGUUAAGAUGUUUCAAAGAACUUAUUCUAGAAUAUA